UCGUCUGUUCUGUGAUUAAUAGCAGUAUUUUAAAUGUUUUUUUUACCUUUUUUGUUGAACGUUAAAAUUUUUUUUUGUUGAUUUGAUGCAAUGUCCGAACACGGUGCUGCAUUGCAAACAUACAAUCAGGAACUUGUUAAAUGUUUAGAAGAUUUAAAAGUGAAAAGAAACGAACUUAUUGAGAUAAUUCGUCGUGAGGAAGCGGAGAAAAUAGUUUUAGAUAAAAAUUUGCGAGCUUUACAAGAAAAAAUGAACAUCUUAAAUAAUAAUUUGAAACACCACAAGAUGGUAUUCGAUAAUUAUGAUAAAACUAUCCAGGAAACCGAAAUGGGAUUUAAAAAGAUACUAGAAAGCAGCCAGACUCUUUUACAAGUGGCACAGCACGAGGCAAAUAAAUUAUGCACAGGAAACGAUAGCGGGGUUGUUUUUGUGCCUUACAUUAAGGAAAAUAGUUAUUAGUUUAUCUUCUUAGUAGAGUAAGUCUAACAGCAACUAUUUUAAAUUGUAUGUAUCAGGAAAAUGGACAAACUUUAAAUAAUUGAAUUUUAAUACAUGCAUCACAUUUAAAAUUUGUCUGUUUAAGGUUGGCAAAUAUAAACAAGUGCUUUAUAGCAUAAUUUAUUUUUCUAAAUUUGUACAAAUAUAUUAUUGUUUGUUUUAUA